AUGAAGUGGAUCGGUUUGACUUUCUUGUUACAUACCCAUCGACUUCUUAAGGGCCAAGCGACAAGUGUGAAGAGGACUCCGGAGGGCUCGGCGACAAGUGUGAAGAAGACUCCGGAGGGCCCUGCGACAAGUGUGAAGAGGACUCCGGAGGGCCCUGCGACAACUGUGAAGAGGACUCCGGAGGGCCCUGCGACAACUGUGAAGAGGACUCCGGAGGGCCCUGCGACAACUGUGAAGAGGACUCCGGAGGGCCCUGCGACAACUGUGAAGAGGACUCCGGAGGGCCCUGCGACAACUGUGAAGAGGACUCCGGAGGGCCCUGCGAGUCUUCGGGAUGUUUUUCCUUGUCGUCCACGUCCUCGGAUUCUCUUAAGUGCUUUUCUUAUACUUUUUCAACUGCCUACGUAAAUUAGGUUUUCCUUUGGUCUGUAAAACGUAUCAGGCGUUCUAUUCGCGUCUUGCUUUUUGAAAUUUCCUUCUUGUCAUUGCUACUUAUCAAGUCUUUUCUUUGUGUAAACAUAAGUUACCAAGGCUUCAUUAGUGCCUGUGGAAAUCAUUGUUUUUUGUUUCUUUACACUACUUAUCAGAGCCUCAUUAGUGUCUGUACGAAUCUUUUCAAUAAACAAGCCAUUGUAUUUUAAACCAUCAACUCAUUACAAGAUUCCUUCAUCAUCAGUCGUAUUUUAUGCAUUCACAACACAGAAGAGGCAAUUAACCCGCUUUACUGUCUUCAAAUAAAUAUUAUCAGUCAAUUCCUUACUUAUUUACAUGUUAUUGUCUAUAUCUAUUUCGCAUUUUCUUCUGAGAGCCGACGUGUCAGUUGCUUGAUUUCCAUUUGCAUUUCUUCCAUGAUGUAACUGUAAGACAAAAUAUCACUAACUUAUUCUGUAUAAUAGGCCAUAUCCCCAGCAUGAGCCUAUAACUAUUAUUAAAAUUGCGAAAAAGUA